AUGACUUCGUCGAUCUUCUACAAGUUCAAGAACUCGAGAGAUAGCGAGCGUAUAGUAUUUAACGGCACCGAUUUGAGCGUUUUCGAGCUCAAGAAGGAGAUCAUCAGCGCAAGCGGCCUCGGCGAUGGAACCGACUUCAACCUACACAUCUACCCCCAAGAUGACCCUGCCUCCGAGUACAAAGAUGACACCACCUUAAUCCCGCGAUCAUCUACCGUCAUAGCGAUUCGCCGCCCAGCGCCAAGAGGGCAAGGCAGAGCUGCCCGUUAUGUUAAUGGUAAAGCGCCUUCGCGCGCUAUCACGACCCAAAGCAAGCCCGUCGCACCUACACCUCACACGAAUAAUGCAGCGCCAGAAGAUGCUGAGGCAGCCUUCCUGGCUGAGUCAGCCAUGGCUUGGGACGCGCAGAAGGAGGCCCUUUCGCACGCAAAGCCUGUCUACCGCAAGAACAAUGCUAAGAACGUUGUCGUCCCUUCACAUCCUCCCCCUCCUGGCUAUGUCUGCCGCCGCUGCAACAUCAAAGGCCAUUGGAUACAAGCCUGCCCUACCAACGACGAUCCCGACUUCAAGCCCGUAUUCCAAGCAAAGCGCACGACCGGUAUACCACAAUCCUUCUUAAAGAAGGUCGAGAAGCCUGUCGACGAAGAGGCUGCGAAAGGUGUUAUGCUCAACGCUGACGGCGAAUACGUACAAGUCAUGACGGACCAGAAGACUUGGGACAAGUUUCAAGAGAAGACAAACGCAUCACGAGCGCGUGCUGCAAGCGCCGACGCCGCAAGCAAAGAGCUUCGCGAGCGCGGUCUUGAGUGCCCUAUCGACAACCAGAGAUUUGUCGACCCAGUCAAAACACCAUGUUGUGGUAAGACAUACUGCCGUGAGUGUAUUGACAAUGCGCUGGCAGAUGGAGAUUUGAUUUGUCCAAACUGUGCAAAGGAGGAUGUUCUGAUGGAUGAUCUCGUUGCCGACGACGAUAUGGUCAAGUCUCUCAAGGCAUACGACGCAGAAAAGGCAGCAGAGAAGGAGAAGGCAGCAAAGGCAGCAGUUGCUUCAACAAAUGAAUCAGUUAAUCAAUCACAUGCUACUGACAACGCAUCUUCUUCUGUCGCAAAUGACGAUACAAAUGCCACCACUACUGCUACUCCGCCACCAGCGGCGACUGCUGCGGCUGACGAAGUCUCCGAUACUGACUCAACCUCUUCAAAGAAGCGCAAACAGCCUCCGACAGACAUCAAACCACCCACCGCACCGAAAGCCAUGCGUCAAGCGGCUGACCCUGCCUCGAAGAUGGAGCAGGACUUUAUACAACAGAUGGAGAUGCUCAAGAACACACCGAUGGGACCUAUGGGAAUGCCAAUGGGUAUGCCUAUGCCAAUGCAGAUGCCACAGCAAAUGGGUUUCCAGAACGGCUACCAGAUGGGCUUCCAACCACAACAACAGCAACAGAUGCCACAACAGCAAUGGUUCCCUCAGCAGAACUUUGGCUACGGUCAGCAACAACAGUUCGGUCAACAGUACAACCAGCAACAGCACCAACAGCAACAGUACGGGUGGGGCGGACAAGGACAAGGACAAUGGGGUAACGGACAAGGGCAGACGCAAGGACAGCAGGACCCCAACGACGCUUACGACAGGCAGCCAGUUAACCCUCGAGGUCGCAACCGCAGGUCUCGUGCACCAGACUUCCGCUACCUAUGA